UCAACCCGCCACAUCACCAGCGUUUAUCCUCAGCGGCGCGUCUAUCGCAUCUUUCACCCAACCCUUCCCAGACUCCCCCACGUUAGCGGGCCAAACAGCAGUUUAUGUCCAUCGAGAAUCUCAAGACUUUCGACCCCUUCGCCGAGGCCGAUGAGGAUACUGGCGAGACCAAGCAAUCUCAGAAUUACAUUCAUAUCCGCAUCCAGCAGCGCAAUGGUCGCAAGACAUUGACCACGGUCCAAGGCUUGCCCAAGAAGUUCGAUCAGAAGAAGAUCCUCAAGGUCAUCAAGAAGAAGUUCGCUUGCAAUGGCACCAUUGUCAACGACACCGAAAUGGGGGAGGUGAUCCAGCUGCAGGGCGAUCAACGCAAAGAUGUUCAGGAGUUUCUCGUCGAUAAGAAGGAAGGUCUUGGUUUGGAUUCCAAGGACAUCAAAGUCCACGGUUUCUAAAAGACGAAAUGUCUCCUGUCGCGUCCGCCCUCGGUCCGGUGGUUUUGCCUGCCCUAUAACCAUCGCACGCACUGAAUGGACAUGGAUCGAUGACUCCCUCGACGAGAAAUUGAAAGCGAUACCCCGUCACUGAGGAGCGCCCGUGGACUACAAGAAAUGGGGGGGCUUUAUCUAUUGUUGAUGAUAUGUUCAUGCCCAUGGGAAAG